AUGGGUGACUGGAGCUUUCUGGGGAGACUAUUAGAGAAUGCACAAGAGCACUCCACGGUUAUUGGCAAAGUUUGGCUGACGGUACUAUUUAUCUUCAGGAUCCUGGUGCUGGGGGCUGCUGCUGAGGAAGUCUGGGGAGAUGAACAAUCGGACUUUACAUGCAACACCCAGCAACCUGGUUGCGAAAAUGUCUGCUAUGACAAAGCCUUCCCCAUUUCCCACAUCCGCUUCUGGGUGCUGCAGAUCAUCUUUGUCUCUACGCCAACCCUCAUCUACCUGGGCCAUGUGCUGCACAUUGUGCGCAUGGAGGAGAAGAAGAAAGAGGAAGAGCUAAAAAAGAAGGGAAGCAGCAGGGACAGCAACCACCAGGGGGGAGCAGCAGCAGCAAGUGGCCGAGGGAGUAGCAACAACAGCAGCACCAAUAAGGAGCCACCCCCAAAGAAGGAGAAGCCACCAAUCCGUGAUGAGCGGGGUAAAAUACGCAUCAGUGGUGCCUUGCUCCGCACCUAUGUCUUCAAUAUCAUUUUCAAAACUCUGUUUGAGAUAGGCUUCAUUGUGGGCCAGUAUUUCCUGUAUGGCUUUGAGCUGAAGCCACUCUACCGUUGCAGCCGUUGGCCUUGCCCGAACAUUGUGGACUGCUUCAUUUCACGGCCCACUGAGAAGACCAUUUUCAUCAUCUUCAUGCUGGUGGUGGCAUGUGUCUCGCUGCUGCUCAACAUGCUUGAGAUGUACCACCUUGGAUGGAAGAAGCUCAAGCAAGGCGUGACCAACCAAUACCGCCCUGAUCCACUCCCCAUUGCAUCAGCUACCAUUGCAAGGGACUCCAAACCUGUUACUCUGCCAUUGCCAUCUCCAGCAGUGUUCCCUACUGUCCCGCCUGCUCUGCCGGAUUCCCGUGCCAUCACUCCGCUGCUCUCUUCACGGACUGUGCCGCCUUACUAUGCUGAAGCCACUGCUAGGGCACAGCCAGCCACCACAACUUCCCUGGCUGGCUACUCCGGGGCUCCUCCAUUUUCUGAGGAGCGACACAAUACUGCCACUCCCAUUCCAACCUCCAUCCCAAUCCCAACUCUAUCCCCCAUCCCAACACCUAUGCAAGCCAUCACCCCCUACUUCAAUGGCAGCAGCCAGGCCUUAGCUGCCGAGCAGAACUGGACCAAUCUGGCAGUCGAGCAGCAGAGGAAGCCACCAGCCUCCAGCUCAGCUGCCUCCUCUCCCCCCAGCAGCAUCAGACAGCAAUCGCCAAAGCAAGAGGUGGCCAGUGAGCAGCCGCUGCCAUCGCCACCUCUUUUGCCACCUGUAGCAGCAGUCAAUAGCAGCAGCAGCACCAGCCUGAGCAGAGGAAGCAGCAGCAAGUGGGAUGUAGAAGGUGAAGAGGAGGCCACAAAGGAGUGGCCAGUGUCAGCUGCCUGCACUACAGUAGAAAUGCAUGAGCCGCCACUGCUCAUAGACACACGGCGCUUAAGCAGGGCUAGUAAGUCAAGCAGCAGUAGAGCCAGGUCAGAUGACUUAGCUGUGUAACAUGGUCCCUAGCACUGGGAGAAGCAAAUGAUGAAAGCAAAGUGUGAUGGGGAGCUGCAUGGGGAGGAGGCCAUGCCCCAGUACAGGGGGUGAGGGAGGCCGGGGUUCCAAACUUUGAAGCUUGCUGUUCUUGCACUCUGUGAGUUGUAGUGGGGAUAAAUAUCUACAUUUUCUAGUAGGUCAGGGGUGGCCAAAGUGCAGCCCGUGGACCAAGGGACCAAUCCCUCUGUCAUUGACAUCAAUGACAAACAUCCCAAUGGCAGCCAUAUGGAGGGCUUGCACAGAUGACAGGUGGUGGCACUGGCAGUGGUGGCAGCUAGCCAUGUGCCUUCAUAGGGAAGCUCUUCCAAGAACAAUGUUAAUACUUUUAGCCCUCACCUUCACUUCCACUCAUCUUAUAUAAGCACUUCAUGAGCAGAGGCCUUGACUUCUUUCCUUCCUCUGAAACCCCAUACACACAUGUUUAACCACCUCCUUGAAAAUGAGGAUGGCAUAUUGCCUGCUGGCACCUGUCAUCUCUGUGGACCAAUCUGCCAUAUUAAACAUCAGGGUGACAACACUCUGUUCCAUUUAAUGCAAAGUAGGGCAGCCUUUGCACUCAUGGCAAAUUGCCAAUGCGACCCUGUUGGCUGGGCAAAGUUUGGAUAACCCCUGUAGUAGCUUUUAUCAUUCUGAGCUUCAUCUUUGUAUUAUUAUAAUAAUUUUUUUACUCUUGACCUAUAAGGAAAUGUCCAGUUUGACCUUCUGUCCGGUGUUUGCCAACUGCGACAACACAAUUUUUUUAAACCCAUGUAUUCCUUUGAAUAUGUUUGGUUAUAUUUUGAGAUGACUUCUGAAAUUGCUUAGAGGAGGACAGGAAACUAAACCACACACCUCAUAAAAUAUUACACAGAAUAAUUGUAAUCCAGAAAGAAAGGAUUAUGGUUUCAGUACACUGUGACCCCUUAUGUUGCUCAUGAACAAAACAGUAGGUUAAAGUAUGGUACUGCAUUUUAGACUAUUAGAUACAUGCUUUUAUCAGCUUAAGGUAGUUGGAAAAAUGUUUAAUAGAAGUAAAACUAGAGUGCAUACCUUUAAAGUAUUUGAGCAGUUUUAGAAUAAAUUUUAAUCUGUAGAUUUAAAUUACUUGACAGUGUACUUAUACAUUUUAGUUUGAUCUUUGAUUUCACAGGAAAAAUUAAGGGGAAACCAAAGUAAAGUCCAAAGCAAUAUUGUUUCCUGCUGUGUUUUGUAAGUGAUUAGCCCUGUCCUACAACAAUCUGUAAUGUCUUACAAACUAAUAAACAGCAGACAUAGAAUAUACUGUACAGCAAAAAAGGUGACUAAAAUAUCAUGGCAACAUUUUAGGGGCCUCAGGGCCUAUUCUGAUUCCACAGAAGUCAAUGGCAGAAUUCCUGUUGACUACCAUAGGAGCAGGAUUGGGCCCUCUCAUCUUGAAGUCGUUAUUCAAUCAAAACUCCAUUGGAAGUCAAAUGAAGUUUUGGGUGCAACAAGGAAUGUAGGAUUGGGCCCAUUUCCCUUAAAACUGUGAAGAAAAGUGAUGUGUAUUUUUCUAAGGAGUCAGCUUUCCUUAAAAGAGACUCCAUCUUUCAUUCCCAUUGUAACAAAUACCCUCAUAUAAGUCAGUCAAAAGUUUGAACUCCUGAUAAAGUUGGUGAGAGAUUUGGGUAUACAAAGAAUGCAGAAUCAGACCCAACUUUUGUUCUUGUGGUUGAAAAGAUCAUUUCAAUGAGUUGAAGUCCAGCACUAUUCCUCUGGCUGCCAUAAAACUGAACUUGUAUUUAGCGGUGACAUUCUGAGUACCUGUCCCAGACCUGAAGAAGAGCUCUGUGUACGCUCUUUUUCACCAACAGAAGUUGGUCCAAUAAAAGAUAUUACCUC